CUAUUUAAACAACUAUAUAUUAAAUACAUUUUAGCUACUUUAAUUUUCAUUUUGUUCCUCUAAUCUCAACACCACUUUCGGUUUCUUUACGUCUACGGUCUAGCUGAUCCAUAGAGUACAAAUUUGAACUGAUCACACUACGUUUUAUUACGUUAACCUACUCUAAAUGGCAGAUUUAUUCAUUUAUCGUCGAUAUAAACUGAUAAGCUGUAAUGAGUUAUGGCAUAGACCUAUAAAGAUUAAAGAAUAGGUCUAUGGGUUAUGAGCGAAGAUCGCUAACUCCUUUUUACAUAAAACUAUAAUAACUCAAAUACUAUAAAUUAUUUAUAUUAUUUGAUUAAUUCUAGAGAAAAAAUAGAUAAAGUGAUGGUAGGUGGGUAGCAGACUGAAGGAUGCUUGAGUUGUGAUAAACAAAUUUAAAUACCAAUUAUAAUAACCCGUAAUAAUAUCCGGAUUGAUAAUUCCAGUCUUGAAUUAUACUUAGCAAUGAUUUGCAGAAUAUAAAUUUGGAGCUUGAUAUUUUAGCACAAAAGUUGUAUUUUAUGAAGUACUUGGUGAAUUUUACAAAUAUAAAUUUACAAUGUCUUUUGGUGGAUUCAUUGAUUUUUUCCAAAAAGGAAAAACAUUUCGACCCAAGAAAAAGUUUUCACCUGGUACUCUUCGCUACUCAUUGUAUAAACAAGCACAAGCGUCCUUAAGUUCUGGAAUCAAUUUACGAACUGCAGUACAACUACCAGCAGGUGAAGAUUUACAGGAUUGGAUUGCCGUUCAUGUGGUUGAUUUCUUCAAUCGUAUUAAUUUAAUUUACGGUACUGUAUGUGAUUAUUGUACCAAAGAAUCAUGCCCGACGAUGAGUGGUGGUCCAAAGUUUGAAUACUUAUGGGCUGACAAAGAAAAAUACAAAAAACCAACACAGCUCCCGGCGCCCCAGUAUGUUUCAUUGCUAAUGGAUUGGAUUGAAACUCAAAUUAAUAAUGAACACCUUUUCCCAGUUUCAACAGAUGUGCCAUUUCCAAAAACAUUUAUGCCGCUUUGUAAAAAAAUACUUACCCGUUUAUUUAGAGUAUUUGUACAUGUUUAUAUUCAUCAUUUUGAUAGAAUAGUAUCUAUUGGAGCAUGGUGCCAGUCUUAAAAAUGAGGUCGGGCAAUUCCAAAACUUAGUGGCCUCAGCAUGAACUUUUAUAGAGAUAUAAUGCACAAUUUUUGGAAAAGUGGUCGAGCCAAAGGCCUGACCCCAGUAGUAUGGACUUUGGUCACUACAUACUGAAAUUGAAUUUAGAAGUUAUAACACACUUUUUUUUUUUAAGAAAUUGAACGCCAUUACAGCUACUUUCAACAAAUGUUAAUUAAAUAAUAUCAGUCUGCAAAACAUAAACUUUAAGUUUUACCAUUCAAACGGUUAUUUUUUAUGGAACUUUAAUAAUAAUAUUAGAGCUACUUAUCUUUAAAUAAUAUAUUAUUAAUAUAGAGGCAUUUUACCCUUAUACUGAUAAAAAUAUGU